AUGAUCAAUUUUCCAAUUCCGCCGAACAUUGUACUUCCGGCUAAUAUUACGUAUACAUUACCCAAUUUCCGACCUGGCGAUAAUCAGACAUUUGAUCGUGUGGUUGGUUCUCUGGUUGGUUUGACAAUUGGUGAUGCCCUUGGAGCAAAUGUCAAACAUCGUCCUCGACAAUAUCUUCUAAGCUAUCCAGUGCGUGACAUGCAAUCCGGCGGUACUCAAGGUCUCAAAGCUGGCCAAUGGACAGACAACACAUCAAUGGCACUUUGUCUAGCUUCAUCACUACUGACACAACGAAGUUUCAAUCCUUAUGAUCAAAUGAUACGUUACCUUUGGUGGUACAAAUAUGGAUAUCUUUCAUCUACAGGUUACUGUUUCAAUAUAGGUAAUGCAACACGAGAUGCAUUAGAGGACUUUGUCCGACGUCAACAUAUUCUAAAGAGAUACUAUCGUAUUAUGAACGAUGCCGAAGUCGAUCGUCUUCCAUUGGAUCAUGUAGUUAAAGUAACCGAAUUCGAUAUCAAUUGUGGCAUGCCAGGUGUAACAACAAAUAGUGCUCUUGUCCGUCUCGCUCCUGUACCACUUUUUUUCUAUCGACAUCCGGAAACCGCCGUGGAACUCUCUGGUCAAAGUGCACGUCUAACUCAUGGUGAUGUGAGAGCAAUCGAUGCUUGUCGUUACUUAGGCGCACUGAUUGUAGCUGCGAUUCGUGGCGAAUCGAAGAAUUCUCUUCUUAGUAACGACUUUUAUCGUGCUCAUCAAGCAUGGUUUGGAUCGAAUGGACUUCAUGAAGAAGUGCAUCGUGUCAGUCUUGGAUCGUAUAAACAAGUACCAGGCUAUGAUGGUAGUAUUCGAGGCGGAACCUACAUUAUCAAAGCCUUGGAAGCAGCACUUUGGGCAUUUUGGAGCGAUGAAAAUUCAUUUCAAACUGGUGUUCUCAAUGCAGUCAGUCUGGGUGACGAUACGGAUUCAACAGCAGCUAUAUACGGUCAAUUGGCGGGUGCUUACUAUGGACGCUCCAGUAUUCCUAUACAUUGGAUCAAACAGCUCUAUGCUGCACCACUAAUUGAGUGCAUCGGUCAAUGGCUUUACAUCGAAGCUCACCAGAGUGCUACUCAAAGUCGACAGCCUAUUGGUGCAUCAACGAAAUUCCAAGCAUCGAUGCAGAUGCAACCAUCUAUGCCAGGUGCCACUCAACGAGAUUUUAUUCAAAAUGAUCAAUCUCGUGUGACACAACAGAAAACAUUUGAUAUCUCACGUGCUAGUAUCGAGACUUUAGAUCCAUACCGAGCAUGGCGAUGUUUGCCCUCGCCUCUAGAUAUGGCUGCUGGUUUACCAAGUGAUUAUAAUUUACCGAAACCGAUGUCUACGACACCGAGAGAUUGGCUGACCUUCCCACAAGCACGAUUCAAAUAUACGAAUUAA